UCUAUGGUGACCCUGAACAGAAAGGUGCGCGGAGCUGAAGCGGAUCACAGAGAUUGAUUCAGAUUAAACUGAGGGUGUGAAUCACAUGGAUCAGACAGACGGUGUGUAAGCAGAUCAGACCGAAGAGUGUAAAUGUAUGGAAAUUGUCCUGAAGCUGUGCGCGGCGCUUCGUGUUGUCUGUUAUUUCCAGAAUGCGGAGUGAAGCGGUUCCAGACCUGCCAGAAAUAACGAGCGAGAAUUUUGAGGAGAGACUGUCCUCAGACUCGAUGUUAGUGGAGUUUCUCAACGCCUUUCUGCUGCUGCCGUCAUUCCUGGAGCCCAUCAGGUAUAACAGGGACAGAGGUGUGUUUGAGGUGGGGGUGGAUGCAGCCGAGAGUCUCUCUGCACAGAUCAUGGCUCUACUGAGUGAACUGAAGGAAAAAAGCACAGAUUCAGCAUGGUUCCCAACUAGACCUUUAGUGGACAACAGCUACAUUGUCUCAUGUUUGGACCAAGUGCAGGCCAUGCAGUGGAUCAGAAGAGAGAGACUGCCCUUUUUCCUCCAGAGCGAUUGUUACUUUGAGUACAGAUUGGCCUCAUGUCUGUGUCAGCUGGCCAGUACAAAACAGAAGCUGUUCAGAGAGGAAUCUUCAUGCAGCCCCUCAGGCACAUCACCCAAGCAUGAGUGUGCCACUUCUCUCAACACGGGACACUCAGACACCAGCAGUGACUGCAGUUCUCCCCACAUAGAGCAUCUAACCAUCAGUUCUAGACCUGUGGAGGCAACUAAAGGAAAGACAAAAAUAACCCAGACUCAAACAUCUCAUGAUUUAACUUCAUGUCUUAACAAUUCAAUGCUGAUGCCAGUCUUUACAAGAACAGACCUUGAUGUUGUGGAGGUUGAAGUGAGCCUACCAGGACUCCACUUGACCCAGCUUUGCGGAGAACAAAGUCCUUCACCUCCUCCUGAGCUCAGUGAUCAAAUAUUGGAUCCCACUCCAGUUCAGACGAAUAUUGCAGAGAUGCAGAAAGAGAUGGAGAAAGAGAGGGAAAUGAGCUUGGAACUGCCUUUAAGUAAAUGGAAAUGUGCUGCAAGGAAACACUGUAAAAUCUUCCCAGUCUCAGAUAAGAAUGCUCAAACAAACCUACAUACUACAGCCUGUCCUCACUAUGUCACAGGUGGAAACUGCACACUCUCACUUGAUCCUCUCACAAAGCCGAAGCCCCAGGCCUCUGCCUCCACUGCCCUGUCUGGCCUGAUUCAAGCAGACAUGGAGCACACCGCAGAGACAAGAGCUAAUACAAGUGUCCGUGGCAGCAGACAAGUCUUUCUGGAUUUUAAGAGUUUUCUGCUUGGCCGACCUGGAGAGAAAAUACUAAAUCUGUGGAUGGACAUAGAGCGCCUGAAAACUCUUCACAACCUAGAAACCAGGAACAGGCAUUUAGUUUGGAUGAAAAAUCAGUACCUGCUGAGCAGUAGCCCCACAGCGUUGAGUAUGGAGUUCCUCUCCAGACUGGAUCUUACCAGCCCCCCCUGCUGGACAGAGGACAGACUGCGCCUUGUUCAGCCACGUGUCACUGAGGUCCUGCUGCUCUACUGGGGUCAGCGAUUCAUUAUGUCCCACUUGCAUACUAAAAGGAAGAGCACAACGUUUCUGUGGCUAUGCUGGGAUUGCCACCUUUCUCUGCUGGGGCUAGACUCCUGCCCCCGCCACCCCAGCUCUCUACUUUUGCACUCUGCCUGCUAUUUUCCAUCACAGGCCUCUUCUGUGUGUGGCAGUCACUGCAGUGAGAUGGAGAGGAUGGUGCAGGCAUUGUAUGUAGAGUCUAAGGCUGGGUUCUUCUUUACACAAUUCUGUCAAAACUCUGGGAACCAGCUAUGGAUGAAUGCAGCUCAGUUCUACAGAGAGCUGCAGGAGUACCAUCAGCUGUUUUAUCAACCCACUCUGGAUCCCUACAGAGUACAGCACAAGGCCCAGCUGCUGUAUGCUACAUACGUGUGCAGUGUCGCUGGGAGGAGUGUGGGUCUGGGGGAACAGUGCAGGCAGCACCUCUUCACCCAUCUGAUCCCUCCAUUUGAGGACCUGUUUGAUGAAGCAGAGGAGCACAUACUCUCCUUGCUUCUUGAGCCAUGGACAUUACUCACCCACCAGGACAUGAGCACAUUCCACAAAGUAGCUGUGUGGGAGGAGGAGCGCUUUGUGGAACCUGACCUCUAUAAGACACUGCAGAGCCUAUACACACAAACACAGUACCGACAGCAGCAGUGUGCACAACAGCAUAGGCCCCCACCACCACCAGCCAAGAGGGCUAAAGAUCCUGACCCCUGGGCCCAGGUUCCACAUCAGUUCCAGCGCUACCGUUUGGGCACUUUGCUCCGGAAUCGAAUGGAACUCCAGCACUUCCUGGCAUUUCUGGAGGAAAACUUUGCUAGUAUGGACCUGCUGUGCUGGUUGGAUAUUGAGCAGUUGAAAAGAACCCCUAAUGAUGCGGCAGUGUGGGAGGAGAAGUGCAGGAACAUCAGGACUCAGUACCUCAGCCGCAAAUAUCUGUUUGGCCCCAGCAGCCCUGCAAAUAAGCAGCAACAGACUGAGCUGCUGCGUCUGGCUGGUAGUUGGGCGCGUUUACAGCGUGAGCCUCUCUCUAUGUCCGUGCUGUCCGAAGUUCAGUCCCUGGUCAGGAGCCGUAUUGAAAGAAAAUGGUUGCCGCUGUUCCUCUCCAGCGAAGAGUUCUUCACAAGGCAGAAAUUACAGGCUGAGCUCGGGGAUGUGGUGGAAGACCAGCUGUUUCUCCGCUACAAAAAGAAGAGGCAGGUGUGGAAGCAGGUGAACGGGGGGCUGAUGAACUCGUCUCAGGAGGUCUUGGCCCUGCGCAGGGCACUGCUCAAUCCCAUCACCUGCCUACACUUCCGCCUCUUUCUCUCAAUGAGAGGCGAGUUGCUGGAAAACGACCUCCUUUUCUGGUUGGAGGUGCAGAGAUACAAGGAUUUGUGUCACUCUCACUGUGAUGAGGCAACCGUACAGCAGAAAGUCUCCACCAUCAUCAGCUGCUUUAUCGACUCCUACAUUCCCCCCAGAGUGCAGAUCCAUCUCUCCCCUGAGCAGGCUGAGCUCAUCCUGCAGAACAGGAGCACACUUGGCCCCUACAUAUUCAGAGAGGCUCAGAUGUGUGUGUUCAGUGAGCUCCUGAAACACUGGCAGGCGUUUGUGGAGUUCAGGAGCAACAUGUCUGAGGAGCAGGUUGUGUCUGAGCUGGAGAAGAGGAGGAGCACAGAGAGGGAGAGACGGAUGAAAAGAGAGAGGGAUCAGCAGGAUGACGGGACACCAGCGGUGCUGCAGGGGGAGCGGGGCAGCGUGAUAGAAGGACUGAUAGAAGAAGCCAGUAUGUAUGGAGGAGGAGAGGAGGAUGAAGAAACAGAAGAGUGUGAGAGAGUGAACACUGCAGGACAGCAGUUGUCUUGGUCUUACUCCAAAUACCUGGCUGCUCUAGAGAGAGAGGAGAUCCUGAUACGCACUCAGGCACUGCAAGAGGAGGGAGCAGAUUUGAGCUCUGUGCACAGCGUGAAAUCAAAAGCUCUCACACGCAGCCAGCCCUCCUCUGGAAAAAACACGCUCCCACCAUCUAGAACACACACACCACAAAGAGCCUCAGCACCAGUCACAGGGCACUGAGUGCUAAGCAGUAUGACCAACAGGCAUAUAGUGCCACCUUAGGGUCAGUUAAAGCAACAGCAGUUUGGAGAGAGUUGAAUAAACCAUUUAAGUGUAUAAACAAAGAAGCUGAAUAAACUGUUUAAGUGUAUAAAUUAUGCUAACUGUUCUUGGACUGUUUACUGUUAUUACAUUAUGUUACAAUGAUGGCUAUUAAAAAUCUCACACCAU